CGUUGUUUUCGAGAAUAAUGCUUAUCAAGAAGUGGACGCUUUACGGGCUCUUCCAGCUUUUUUGCCUUACGCAUUCAUGACAACAAUGCGAGUAUAACGAUAUCUCCAAAACGAGUUCGAUCAAAAGACUUCGUUUGAUCCAUGGUUUUCUGCAUGAUCCGACAUUCCAGGGUGUUGCCUUUACAAGUCUCCAGGGAGGCUUACUCUUGUGUUCUUUCUGUAAAGUUAUUAUAUGGUAUUGAUGUUCCCGAGACGUGCUUUCCUUGUCAGCCGGUUUUGACAAUCUUUCUAUUUGUUGCGACUCAGCGAUCUGUUGCUUCUUCCUCUCUUCCUCUCUCUCUCUCUCUCUCUCUUUGCCAUGGCUUACGUCUGCUUACAUGGACCGGGUGUUUAAAAAAAUGUGGGGUGUCUGGGGAGCUGGCAAUUUCUCAACUCGUGUGGUCUUUUCCCUCGUCUUAUCUUUAUGUUAUUUUUUUUUUCACCUUUUCUUCUUUCUUUGCUUCAAUUGAUAUUUGUGUCGUUCUAUAUUUACAUGGGUGAACUUAAAGUGAUAGCCCAUGGCCUGUCAUCUCAUUUCACCACCUAUGCCUUUAAAAGGCCAAACAAGCUCGUCUCUGUACGCUGGUAUCAUUGAGCGGUAUGCUCAUGUUUACUUGAUUC